CCUGUACAAGUUAUGUACAUCUGCAUAACCUCCAUUCUAUAAGUUUAGAUGGGCGUGACCGUUUCUCAAGCAGUAGGGCCACGCCCAUCUUAUUCCACAUGUGAAUUUUUAUCAGGAUUUUUAUAGCUCUACUUAUAGUGCAGUGCUAGUGAUGGCUCAAUACAAGGGAGCAGCAUCUGAAGGCAAUAGAGCAGCCAACUUACUCAAGCAAAGAGAGAGGGCCAAAGAAGAAUUGGAGAGGAUGAAAAUGAAAAUAUCAGAGGAGCAUUCCGUGAAGACUGCUGGAAUGUUCCAGGUGACCGACAAGUUUACGACGAGCUUUGAUGCAGUAGAGGAGGAGCUCAAAUCGUCCACAGUGGGGUUGGUCACUCUGGAGCAGAUGAUGGAGAAGAGGCAGAUACUCGUUAAGGAGAGAGAGAAACAGCUGGCUGCCAUGCUACCUGGGAAGGGCAACAAGGGCAAAGGGAAAGGCAAGGGCAAGAAGAGUGGUGUGGGUACCCUCUCCUUCAACAUGAACGAUGGUGACGACGAAGAGGAGGAGGAGGAUGGAGGGGACGACAGCAGUGAGGAGGAGAGAGAGCCAACGUCCAAGAAGCGUAAGAUGGGCAAGAACCCAAACGUGGACACCUCCUUCCUCCCGGACAGAGACAGAGAGAAAGAGGAAAAACUUGAAAGAGAGACUCUCAGACAAGAGUGGGUCAAGGCUCAGGAGAAGAUUAAAACUGAGGAGAUACUGAUCACCUACAGUUACUGGGAUGGUUCUGGACAUCGGAAACAUGUCAAGAUGCGCAAGGGGAACACUAUAUCACAGUUUCUGCUCAAGUGUCUGGAGAAUCUGAGGAAGGACUUCAGUGAACUAAGGGUGGCUAAUGUGGACAAUCUGAUGUAUGUCAAGGAAGACCUCAUCAUACCUCACCACUGCUCGUUCUAUGACUUCAUCAUCAAUAAGGCGAGGGGCAAGUCAGGUCCUCUGUUUAGCUUUGAUGUCCAUGACGAUGUAAGGCUGGUAGGGGACGCCUCACUGGAGAAGGACGAGUCUCACGCUGGUAAGGUGGUUCUGCGCGGUUGGUAUGAGAGGAACAAGCACAUCUUCCCGGCAAGUCGGUGGGAGCCCUACGACCCAGAGAGGAAAUGGGAUAAGUACACGAUUGCAGACAAAAAGAAGAAGGCGGCAUAAAGCCAUGAAGAUGGAACACUAUUGACUGUCUGAACUACUCAAAACUAUGUUAUUCUUUUUCAUCAUGUACAUAAUUAACACAUACACACGAGUGUACUUAUUAUGUAAGUAUUUCAUGCAGCUAUACAUUAAUGGAAAGAAAUACUGUAUUUUCUUCUACCACACCCGC